AUGGCCGACGCUCCAUAUGAUCCCUACGUUCCCAAGAACGGUGCCCCCGGAGAGGACAACUCCAAGACGGGCAACCUGCAGCGACAAAUCGAUGAGACAGUCAAGGUGAUGCACGAUAACAUGAACAAAGUCGCGCAGCGUGGCCAGAACCUCGAUGCUCUGCAGGACAAGACCAACAACCUGGCUGAGUCGGCUCAAGAUUUCCGUCGUGGUGCCAACAGAGUUCGCAAGGCAAUGUGGUGGAAAGACAUGAAGAUGCGAGUCUGUAUUGUUGUCGGAAUCAUCCUCCUCCUAGUCGUUAUUAUCGUUCCCUCUGGUACGUUUCUGAGCGCCCUCGAUCAUCCAAGUUAA